AUGUCAGAGUGGCAAGAGUUUGAAAAAGCAUCUACGACUGACAGUUUUUUAGAGUAUGAAGUACCUGGUUCGAAGAGCGAAACAUCAUUUGCAGCACAACCAUUUUUUUCAGGAGAUUAUAGGAUCGAUUGGAUAAGAGAAAAAGUUUUGAGUUUCCUAGAUCUUGGUGAUGAUAGUCGUAAUCUAUUCGACAAUCUCAUAUAUAACGACAUUUAUAGAAAAAAACUUGUCGAAUUCUUAAACUCGGACACUUAUGGAGAAGAGGUGGCCGAUCUUAAAAAGAAACAAGUAUUCUUUUACAAAACCUUUCGAGACGAGAUAGUUCAAGAAGAAGUCGCUGUUUGGGAAGAAGAUAAGCGGAAAAAGCAAGGCAAGCCUGCUGCUGGGAAGAAGAUCGCUGAGAAGAAAGCGAAGAAAAUCAUCGGCGGAAAGGGAAAAUCGAAUGGUGACGAUCCAUCAGCCAAAUCGGACGAAGCUAUUGUAUCGGAUAAUGCCGCAGAGUCAUCGACAGCAUUACAGUCGACCAGUGCAGCCGGCGCUAGUGACACGGAGGAGGGCGACGAGCAGUUUGCCGAUAACGAAUAUGGCGAGAAAUUAAGCGAUGAAGCUUCCGAACUCACGAUGAAAGAUCAAAACGAGCCAGCAGCGAGUUUCGUUCCACCGGCCGGCGAAGAGGACAACUACAUUUUAACAAGGAAAGUAGUUGACCGCACAGUGCGGAUUCCGGUUUUGCACUGCCUGUUCGGCGAAAUGGACCACGACAGCAGGAACGACGAGCAACGGCUGAUUUACUUCGUGCGUAUCAGUGACUCGGCCUUUCCCGACUUUGAGACAAGAGCAGAAUGCUGGGCUGAAAUGCCACGAUACGUCAUCGCUGGGUCGCUUCUGCGCGGCAAAUAUUUAUUCGCUAUGGACCAGAUACUGCAGCAAGUGUUUUUGCCGCUGGUGAAGAAGGAGUUCAGGGGCCCAGAAGCUGCUCGGGAUAAAGCUCUUCGUAACUCACUGACUUGGAUGACGGAAACUCCGGGAAUGGAGCGAGCCGCUGCUACUCUGUGCAAUCUUUUAAAAUCACAGGGUACUGCAUUCGUAGCGCCGUCAAGCAUGCGCCAGGUGUCUCUGCUUACUGAACGAGCGGCGAGCGAGAGUCGCACCGGCAGUCGGGACAGAGACGUGGAGCCGAGUGUAAAAGAACUUACGGAAUAUUUGACUAAUCUUAUUGAAUCGGUCGCAUGGACCAUAGAUCACAUGGAGGCGGCAGAAGCCUCGUUGUACAUUCCCGAUACCAUUGUUCCGGAAAGCACCGAUUCGAGCGAUGCCAUGUACAUCGGGCAUCUCGAAGAGUUGGUCAUGUCUUGGGAGAAACGCAUCAGAAAGGUCCUGGAAAGUUCCCUGUCGAAGACACCAGAGGCUAAUCACCAGGGACCAUUGGCCGAGCUGACCUAUUGGCACGAGCGCGAGCACAGUUUGUCCGUGCUCGUUGAACAGCUCCACUCGGCAGCAGUUAUGCGGGUACUCGACGUUCUCAAUAGCGGCCAUUCGGCUGUGGCUACUGGAUUUGCAUAUUUCGCUCGCGAGCUCAACAAUGGCUACGCCGAGGCCAAGGAAAAUAACAAAUUUUUAUCCACUGUUUUGCGCCAGUUUAAGAUUGUGGCGACGAGCGAUUCCUUCCAAGUAAUCUCAAAUAUCAUCCCGUCCAUCUACGAACAUUUAAGAAUGAUUUGGGUUCUGUCCAAGUAUUACUCGACCGAAGAGCGUAUGGUCACGUUGUUGGAGCGAAUAUCAUGGCAAUUGAAGCAGACCGUCAUCAAAAAUUUAGCCAUCAGGGAUUUGUUCGAAAAUAGCGUGGAACAGAUUUUAGAAAAGACGAUUUCCGCCCACGAAAUGUUGAAACUUUGGAAAGAAGCAUAUUUAAGCACUCGUCUCAACAUUGAGCUCUCGGGUAAAGGUGCGCGAUGGGAAUUUGACCAACAGCGUCUAUUCAAAGAGACGGAUUAUCUUGCAUUGGUGAGCGCUAACUUACACGAGGUCGCUAGCGUACUACGCGACUUUUACAACAUCUUCGGAGAAGAGCUCAAAUCUAUCGUAGAUGAUCCGGCUCGUAUCGACAGUAUUAUAGAGCGAGUUACACAAUUACUUGGCCCUAUUCGCAACGCCGAGGUCGAUGCGUUCAAUGAAUACAAUCGAGAAAGUUGGGAAGCUACCAUGUCGUGGUUCCGAGCUGAGGUUGCAAGGCUUGAAAUCGAGGCUAAGAUUUUCAUCGACGAGUGCUUUGCCUCUCUCAUUAAUGCCGAAGAUGCCUUGACUAUGUUAAUUAAGUUUCGAAACAUGCAGACGAGAGACGCUGUGCACGAACGAUUGUCUAUGAAAUUUGAUUUGAUUAUGCAGCAGUUCGGUAGGGAAAUUGACGAAGUUGAAGAGUUGUUCCAUAAAGGAAAAGCUAAUCCGCCUUUGCUACGAGACCAUUUACCUGUCGCCGGAGCAAUAUACUGGGAGCGCAAUUUGUUUCAUAGACUAGACGGUUCCGUGAAAACAUUUAAGCAAGUUGCAGAACUCGACAAUAGCGAGCUGAAAGUUUAUAUAUCGGAACAAUACGCUGCCGUGGCCAAGCAGACGAAGCAGUUUGAGAACAUCCAUUUUACCAGAUUUAUUGCCGAGGCUCAGAGAACGCUACAGAAUGUCAUGAAGAAAAGUAUUCUAGCACUCCGAUCGCAUGAGAACGCAGUCGAUUCAAAGACUCGUAGAACACAAAAGAAAUUUCCGAAAAUGAGUAUGUUGAAAGGAGACGUCGAUAGCGGCUCUACGUUAUCACGUCCAAUAUCUGUAGCCAAUCAGCGCGAUGAAGGAAGGUUAAAUCCUUCGAUUAACCAUAAAUCACCUAUCGAUUCGAAAAAAUCAAUGAGUUUCAGCAUCAAGACUGACACGACGUCAAAAAGUAUGACGAUCCAAGCCAAAUUUCAGGGGAAGUCCGAUCAAGUAAAGAGCAUUAAGAGCAAAACAUCUUGCGUCACUGACAGUACGGAACUAGCGUGUGCCGCAAUGUUACUUCAAAAUCGUACAGAGUUGUUCGUUAAUUUUGAUAAUGAAAUUUUCGAUAUCAUUCACGAGUCUGAGUUAUUGGAACAUUUGGGAUUCACGUUACCCGUGUUUAUACGAGAAGUUGGCAUUCAGAAGAAUAGACUACACGUUGAUUGCAGGGCGGUCAAGAAAAUGAUUAAUCAGUAUAACGAGAUGAUUGGAAAUUUGGACGAUCCCACGAUGAAGCUACUGCGCCAAAGACUCGACACCGUUCAAAAACAUAUUCAGCCAGGAUUAACUCGAUUGAAUUGGUAUUCUCUUGGCGUGGCCAAUUACGCGGACACUUGCAGUAAACUACUCGAGAACCUUAGCUCAAUAGUCAGGCAAAUCAAGCAAACCCGACUUGACCUUGAUUCACAUAUUUCGCAGGAACUUGGAUGCUGCAAUCUUUUCGCAACAAGCGAUGAUUUAUACGAAUUGCAGUCGUGUAAAGAUUUUUUCAGUGAUCUUGAAAAAAAAAGAACGCAAUCUAUCGGUAGAAUGCUGAAAUGCUAUCAAUCAAUAAACCCAAUGCUCGUGAAGCUCGAAACUCUGGUAGAAGCAACUACCAGUGGAAAAAGUUUAGCAAUGGCACUCCAUUAUCAGUAUUACGAGCAAAAAGUUUUUACCACGCUAACAGCAUGCUUUCUCAAAAAUCUGCAGCAUUUGAAGCAACUGCUGCUUACUAAUGAACCGCUAUUUUACGUGGACGCUGCAUUAUUUGCAUCCGAAGCGGUGCUCAAACCAUCCGUAGGUGACAUUUAUACUAUAAUACUACGCGAUGUGAAGGAUCUCAUGGAGAGACUUAAAAUCUUUCCGAGAUGGAUGUCCGGAACUUGUCUGGAGUCCUGUAGUAAUUCUUUGCAGCAGAGCGAUGCAAUGACUACAUUUAGCUUUUUCGAAGAUGUGAUGGGCGUUCAGGGCAUAAAUGAUUUGAUUUUUGCUUUACAAGACGCGGGGCACAAGUUAUCUCACGAUUGCUGGCGUUACCUUUACAAGUGGAAGCACUAUAGUAAUUUAUGGUCACUGGACAAAACUUUAGUUUGCGAGAAAUUUGUAGCGGCAAAUCCAACUUUGCAACAAUACGACGAAAAAUUUACUUUUUACGAUUCUAUAAUCAGUGAGUUGGAUGACAUUGAUAAUUACUACGACAUCUUUAGCAUUAGGAUCAAUCUUUGUCAGUUGCUCGAAGAGAUUAAGCGUCAUGCCAGAGAAUGGAAGCAAGUUUUGGCUAAUUUUUUACUUACUCAGAUGACACAGGCGAUGAACGAGUUGAAAAAUAAUAUCGAGCAAUUAAAGAAUAACAUCGAACUCGUGAUCAAUGGUCUCGAACGAUUCAAGCUCGUCAUGCAAUGUAUCAGUCAAAUAAAGAGUUCGGCCAUUGGAGUAGAAGUUGAAUACUCAAAGUUUCAAGAAACUUUUCGGAUACUAAGAUUUCAUAAAGUUGAGUUCUCAGUGGAAGAGGAGAAAAUUGCAUAUCGAUUGCAACAAGACUGGGAAUCUUUAUAUCUCAGUGCUCUUUACAGAUCGACUAGCCUCGAAAGUACGAAAGAUCAAUUUUGCGAUAUGACUAGAUGCGAAAUCAAUGACUUUGAAAGAGACAUUGCGCAAUUCGUCGACAAAUUUUUAGCCGAUGGUCCUGGUAGUUGUGGCGAUGAUUUAGACGCAGGAUUGGAAAAAAUGGAGGAAUAUGGAGAACAAAUAAACGAGCUGAGCCAAAAACUUCAAGAUUUAACAAAUGCCGAGCUGUUAUUUGACUUACCUCCAGCUGACUAUUCAAGUUUCCAUGCGGCAAAACGGGACUACGAAGCCAUGGUUGAGUUAUUUCAGCUGUACAAAGCGCAACAAAUCGCACGAGAUACGUGGGCAAAAACUUUAUGGGCAGAUCUAAAUCCUCAACAACUUAUAGACGGCAUGGACAAUUAUUUGAAAGAGUUGCGCAAGAUGCCUAAAGCCACAAGAAACUUGAAUGUUGGUCGAGCUCUUGAAACGAGCAUGAAGAAUUUUAAAAAUUCAGUGCCACUCUUUGUUGAGCUUAAAAAUGAAGCAAUGAGGGAGAGGCACUGGAAGGAACUUAUGGAGCGGACUGGAAAGCAUUUUGAUAUGACGCCCAGCAGGUUCACUCUGGAAAAUAUGUUUACCAUGAACUUGACACAUUACCAAGAUAUUGCUGAAUCAAUUGUUAACAAUGCAAGUCGUGAGUUGGCAAUUGAACGUGGUGUACAAGAAGUUGCGCAAACGUGGUCGAACAUGACGCUGAAGUUGAUGAACCAUAGCAGAGGUAACGAGGAUCGUGGAUUUAUAUUCGGCAGUGUUGACGAGUUGUAUCAGAUACUCGAAGACAACACUCUAAAUCUCCAAAGUAUGUCAGCGUCUCAAUUUAUAGGCCCAUUCCUAAAUGUUGUUCAAAAGUGGGAAAAAGCUCUCCGUACAAUUGCUGACGUUGUCGAGGCUUGGCUGGAGUUGCAGAAACGCUGGAUGUAUCUCGAAGGUAUUUUUAUGGGGGGAGAUAUUAGAUCUCAGUUGCCCGACGAGGCCAAGCGAUUCGACGAUGUGGACAUGAAUUUUCGAAGAAUCAUGGCCGACUGCGCCAAGAGACCUAAUGUUUUGGAGUGCUGCACAGUUCCAAAUCGCAAAGAGGAGAUCGAAGCCUUGAUUAUGGCGCUAGAAAGAUGCCAGAAAUCUUUGACCGAAUACCUUAAAAAUAAACGCUCAGUAUUCCCCCGAUUUUGCUUCAUCAGUGACGAUGAGUUGCUGAGUAUUUUGGGUGGAUCCAACGCAUAUGUCAUUCAAGACCACGUCGGAAAAAUGUUUGAUAACCUUGCAAAAUUCAGACUGACGGUUGAUAAUCAGGAACGUCUCGUAGCCAAUGCUCUGAUCUCGAGUGAGGGGGAAACGAUGGAGUUUAGAAAUGCUGUAGUUGCCAUAGGAAAUAUCGAGAAUUGGAUGGUAUUGGCUCUCGAUGAGAUGAAGUACUCGAAUCGCUAUCUUACAAAGAAAGCGGUGUUGGAAUACGGUGCAGUAAACAAGUCCAGAACAGAAUGGAUGCUCGAUUUCCAAGGAAUGAUGAUACUUGCAGCAAAUCAAAUUUGGUGGACUGCCGAGGUCGAGAAUGUAUUUAAACAGAUAUCAUCGGGACAAAAACAAGCCAUGAAGAACUAUCUGCAACAGCUCAAUAGACAACUGGAUCAGGUAGUCCAACUGAUGGGUGAGAGCAGUCUCUCAAAUAACGACAGGAAAAAAUUUGACACCGUCUUAACAAUCGACGUUCACACUAGAGAUAUUAUCGAGAGCUUUGUCAGGGACAGCAUAAUGGACGCUUUGGAGUUUGAAUGGGAGAGCCAAUUGCGUUUUUAUUGGAUUCACGAUUUGGACAAUGUUUGGAUAAAUCAGUGUACUGGAUCAUUUGAGUACGGCUACGAAUAUAUGGGGCUCAACGGUCGUCUGGUCGUCACUCCUCUGACCGAUCGUAUUUAUUUGACCAUCACUCAAGCAUUGUCGAUGUAUAUGGGUGGCGCUCCAGCUGGGCCCGCUGGUACGGGCAAAACCGAGACAACCAAAGACUUGGCGAAAGCGCUUGGCCUGUUGUGCGUAGUGACGAACUGCGGCGAGGGCAUGGACUACGUAGCUAUUGGGAAAACCUUAGGUGGCCUCGCUCAAUGCGGCGCGUGGGGUUGUUUUGACGAAUUCAAUCGAAUCGACGUCUCGGUAUUGUCUGUCAUUUCUACUCAAUUGCAAGCGAUCAAGUCUGCCUUGCAAAACGGAGCGUCGCGAUUCACAUUCGAGAAUCAAGACAUUAAAUUGGAUUCAAAAAUUGGUAUUUUCAUCACGAUGAAUCCCGGAUACGCGGGCCGUACAGAGCUACCCGAAUCCGUGAAGGCUUUCUUUCGCCCUGUGGUGUGCAUAGUGCCCGAUAAUGAGCUUAUAUGCCAGAUUAAACUGUUCAGUGCUGGCUUCCUUACAGCCAAGGUUUUAGCCAAAAAGAUGACAGUCUUGUAUCACUUGGCACGGGAACAGCUCAGCAAGCAAAAUCACUAUGAUUUCGGCUUGAGAGCUCUCAGAUCAGUGCUAAACAUGGCCGGCCAGUUGAAGAGGAGUUGUUCGCCCGAUCUGCCGGAGAACGUCGUGCUCAUGCGCGCUCUCCGAGAUAUGAAUCUCCCUAAGUUCAUAUUUGAGGACGUGCCCUUGUUUUUGGGGCUCAUCAAGGACUUAUUCCCGGGGAUCGACUGCCCGAGAAUAAGGUAUCCGGAUUUUAACGAUGCAGUGGAAAAAGCUUUGUUCAACAAAAACUUGAUAAUUAUACCAGAGCAGGUGGACAAAAUUGUGCAACUGUAUGAAGUUAUGAUGACGCGACAUUCGACUAUGGUCGUGGGACCGACAGGUGGCGGUAAAACUACCGUUAUUCAAGCUCUUUGCGACGCGCAAACUCUGCUGGGCACUCCCACCAAGCUUGCAAUUUUGAAUCCAAAAGCUUGCUCUGUCAUCGAAUUAUACGGUGUGCUGGAUAACUCCACGAGAGAUUGGACCGACGGCUUGCUCAGCAAUAUCUUUCGUGAAAUUAAUAAACCGUUAGACACAACGGCGGAUAAGUUGGAGAAAAAGUAUAUAUUGUUUGAUGGAGAUGUGGAUGCACUCUGGAUAGAAAAUAUGAAUUCCGUUAUGGACGACAAUAAACUAUUGACUCUGGCCAAUCAGGAAAGAAUCAGGUUGCAAGACCAUUGCAACCUUUUGUUCGAGGUCGGAGAUUUGCAGUACGCAUCCCCGGCCACGGUUUCUAGGGCUGGAAUGGUCUACGUCGAUCCAAAAAACUUGGGAUAUCAACCAUACAUGGACAAAUGGAUCAACUCGAGACUAAGAUCGGAGCGCCAGAUGCUACGUGCGCUGUGUGACAAGUAUGUGCACAGCGCUCUCAAGCUGAUAAUAGACGGCAUGCUGGGAUUACAGCACGUGUCUCCUUUACAAAUGAUUAUUCCUCAAACAAGUCUAAACAUGGUCGUGCAGUUGUGUUGUACCAUCAACGCGCUGUAUCCGAAGCCGGCAACUGACGAAUUUAUGCUUGAGGAGGGUCAAGCGUUCAGCAGCGAUGAACAAGAGGCCGAAUUUAAUGAAAAAGUUUUAGCACGAGAUGAAAUUUUAGAAGCUGUUUAUCUCGAAGCUUGUUACUGCUCGCUCGGAGCAAGCUUGACCUUAGAGAGUCGCAGCAGCUUCGACGAAUUUAUGAAAAAGACUUCUGGCUUCAUGAUGAUCGAGGAUUCUCGAGAGAAGCCCGCAGGCAAUCGUUACAUUCCUACGCUCUUUCCUCAACUGUACGAUUACUUUUUGGAUUUGAACGGGGACAAGUGCUGCUGCUGGAUACCAUGGAGAUGGAAGGUCAAUGAAUACAAGCACGCGAGGGAGACAAAUUUUUGGGAAAUCUUGGUACCCACGGUCGAUACGGUGCGGGCCACUUGGUAUGUCAAGCUCAUGACGGAGUCGCGAAAGCCUCUAAUUCUUGUAGGAGACACGGGCACAUCCAAGAGCGCCAUCGUUAUGGAUUUUCUUCGUAACGUAGAUCCUGUGAAGUUUAAUUACUUGCCCAUAAACUUUUCAUCAAGAACAACCUCGCUUGACGUCCAACGCAAUAUCGAGUCUGUGAUUGAAAAAAGAACCAAAGAGAUAUAUGGACCCCCACCUGGCAAACGUUUGAUUGUCUUUAUCGACGACAUGAAUAUGCCCGUUGUCGAUACGUAUGGAACGCAACAACCGAUUGCGCUUUUGAAGUUACUGCUGGAGAGAAAUGGCUUUUACGAUCGAGGCAAAGAUCUCAACUGGAAGACCAUCAGAGACACGAAUUUUUUGGCCGCAAUGGGCCGAUCCGGAGGCGGCAGGCACAAUGUUGAUCCCCGGUUCAUAUCUAUGUUUUCCGUGUACAACGUCACUUUUCCCGCUGAAGAUACAUUGCAUUAUAUUUACGAAAGCAUUCUAACCGGACACUUGGAAGUAUUUGCAGAAUCAGUUCAGAUGAUGGCCAAUACCAUUGUGAAGCUGAGUUUACACUUGUACAAGAUUAUUAUUACCGAGCUGCCUCCGACCCCUUCGAAAUUUCAUUACAUAUUUAAUAUGCGCGAUUUGUCGAGGGUAAUGGCUGGUCUGUUACAAAGCGAUGCCAGUCACUUCAAAAGCUCUCAGCAAUUUGUCCGUCUUUGGAGGAACGAAUUCACCAGAAUAUUUUACGAUCGACUUAUUUCCGAAUCGGACCGGCAAGUCGUAGAAAAACACAUAGAAAGUGGUAUUAAAAACUCGUGGGAGGAGGAAAUAUCGAGUUACAGCUUGAGAAAUCCUUUGCUUUUUGGGGACUUUCGAAACGCUUGCAACAUCGAGGGCGAAACACGCUUUUACGAAGAUUUGCUCGAUUACGAAGCAGUCUUCAAUCUGUUCAUGGAGAUCCUCGAAGAAUAUAACGAGCACCGCGGCAAAUUGAGCGUCGUACUGUUCAACGAUGCUUUGGAACAUUUGACCCGCGUGCACCGCAUUCUGCGACUGCAGCGUGGUCACGCGUUGGUCGUUGGCGUAGGAGGCAGCGGCCGCCGCUCUACCAUUAGGCUAGCCAGCUUCGCCGCCGACUGUGAAAUCUUUGAAAUAUCCCUAAGCCGUGGCUACGACGAAUCGAGCUUUCGCGAGGACGUGAAGAAGGUCCUGACGACCGUUGGAGUUGACAACCUCAAGACGGUGUUUCUUCUGACCGACGAACAAGUAGUGGAGGAAAGUUUUCUCGAAGUGGUCAAUAAUCUUAUGACCAGUGGUGUCAUCUCGGCUCUGUUCAGCGACGACGAGAAGGACGCAAUUGUGGCAUCCUGCAGAAACGCAGCCAAAGAGGCCAAUUACGGUGUGACGAAGGAGAACGUGUGGUCUUACUUUGCGAAGAGGGGUACGGAUAACUUGCGCGUCGCACUGUCGAUGAGUCCCGCGGGCGAUAUUCUCCGAUCGCGCUGCAGAAGCUAUCCUGGACUGGUCAAUUGUACGACCAUCGACUGGAUCUUUCCUUGGCCCGAGCAAGCUUUACUCGCCGUCGCCAGCGUGACUUUGAGAGACAACAACGACAUACCAGAGGCACAUCGCGACGCAGUGGUGCAGCACGCCGUGCACGCCCACACGAGCAUGAGCCGUUAUACGAGCGAUUAUUUGGCCAAGCUGCGCCGGCCGAACUACGUCACACCCCGCCAUUACCUCGACGCUUUGGAGAUUUACAUCGACUUGCUUACAGAGCAGCGAGCCUACAUAGAGUCGCAGUGCUCUCGGUUGUCCGGCGGCUUGACGAAAAUUGCCGAAGCGUCCGAGAAUCUGGACAGGCUCAACGCCAUACUGGCCGUGCAGCAAACGAAAGUCGACGCGCAAACGACCAACUGCGAGACGCUGCUGACGACCAUCGGCGAAAACACGAGCGUGGCCCAGAGCAAAAAAGCGCUCGGCGAGGAGAAGCGUCGAGAAAUCGAAGAGAGAAACAAGGUAAUCGCGAAGGAGUCCGCCGAAGCAAGGGAGGCGCUCGCGCAGGCGCAACCGGGGCUCGAGAGCGCGCGAAGAGCCUUGGAGGACUUGGACAAGUCCGACAUAACGGAAAUACGGUCUUUCGCUACGCCACCCGAGCCCGUGCAAGUGGUCUGCGAGUGCGUCGCUAUUAUUCGCGGAUUGAAGGAGAUCUCGUGGAAAAGUGCCAAGGGCAUGAUGAGCGACCCGAACUUUUUGAGAAUACUGCAAGAGACGAAUUGCGACGAAAUCAGCUUGAAGCAGCAACAGAUGGUCAGAGCGCAUCUCAAGAAAUCGAAUAAGAUGGAGCAGAUGAAGACGAUAAGCACCGCGGGAUACGGCCUCUACAAAUUCGUUCUCGCCGUGUUGGAUUACUGCUCGGUAUUUCGAGAGGUCAAGCCGAAAAUCGAUCGAGUUCGCGAGCUGGAAGUCGAGUCGGAGAGAGCUCGGAAAGCAUUGGAGCGAGAGGAGCGCGAUCUGACGAAGGUGGAGAAGCAGCUGGUAGAACUGAAUGCCAAGUACGAGACCGCCACCGCGGAGAGGCAGAGCUUAGAAGAGGAGACGCAACUACUGCAGAGGCGCUUGGUUGCCGCCGAUAAGUUGAUAAGCGGCCUAUCGUCGGAGAACGAGCGCUGGCAGAGAGAGCUUAAUGUUCUCGAACUAGAAACUGAGAAGAUCGUCGGCAAUUGCCUGCUCUCCGCUGAAUUCCUGGCCUACAGCGGACCCUUCACUUUUGAAUUUCGCGCCGAGAUGCUUUACCAGGACUGGCUGCGGAGCAUCGUGGAUCUGGGAGUACCAAUCUCUCAACCGUUCAAAAUCGACAGUCAACUGACCAAUGACGUGGAAAUUAGCGGCUGGAGCUCGCAAGGCUUGCCGCCCGACGAAUUAUCGGUGCAAAACGCAAUCUUGACGGUAAGAGCCUCGCGAUUUCCACUGUGCAUCGAUCCUCAGCAGCAGGCGCUCAAGUGGAUAAAGAAACGGGAAGAGAAGGCCAAUUUAAAAGUGCUGACCUUCAGCGACAAAGACUUUGCGAAGCAAGUCGAGAUCGCCAUCAAGUACGGCUUUGCGGUCAUUUUUCAAGACGUCGAUUACGUCGAUCCGAUUCUGGAUAACGUCGUGAUGAAGAACGUGACUACGAGCGCCGGCCGCUCUUUCGUCAUGCUCGGAGACAAAGAGGUCGACUACGACCCACGCUUCCGAAUGUAUCUGAUGACGAAGCACUCGAAUCCUGCAUUCAAUCCGGCAAUUUACGCAAAGGUCUGCGUCAUCAACUACAUGGUCACCACCAGCGGCUUGGAGGCGCAGCUGCUGUCCGUGGUGGUUGGGUUCGAGAGGCCGGACAUCGAGGAUCAGCGGGAAGCCCUCAUCAGCGAGACCAGUGCUCUGAAGGCACUGCUACAGCAGCUGGAGGACAGCUUGCUGCGCGAAAUAUCGAGCAACCAAGGAAACAUGCUGGACAAUAUCGACUUGAUCGAGACCCUGGAGAACGCCAAGACGAGCGCCCACGAAGUUUCGAGCAAGCUCGACGCGGCUAUGCUCACGUCCCGGCAAAUCGAUCGGCUGCGCGAAGAUUACAGAACCGCCGCCAAAAGAGGAGCGAUCCUCUUUUUUGUGCUUGCAAACAUGAGCCUCGUGAGCAACAUGUAUCAGUACUCCCUUGGCAGCUACUUGGAGGUCUUUGUUCGAUCGCUGAAGCGAGCGCAGCCGGAUCCCAUGCUCCCACGGCGCCUGGCGAACGUCGUGAAAACCUUGACGCAAAGCGUCUAUGACUACGGCUGCACCGGCCUCUUCGAGCGGCACAAGCUGCUCUUCUCCUUUCAGAUUUGCACGAGGAUCGAGCUGCAAACCGAUCACAGUGGGAAGCUGGAUCAAGCGCACUUGGACUUUUUCGUCAAAGGAAACGUGUCUCUGGAACGCUCGAGUAGGCCGAAUCCGGCAGACGACUGGCUGGCAGCCGCAGGCUGGGAAGACCUUCUGAAGCUGGCCGCAGAUUUUCCCGACAAGUUUGCCGAUUUGCCCGGCCACUUGGAGGCGCGAUGCGAUCAGUGGAAGCAGUGGUUCGAUUUGGAUGCGCCAGAGGUGGCGGUUCCACCUUACGAGGCUGACUCGCAGGGGCGUCAGCUGCUUCCCUUCGAACGGCUCAUGCUCCUGCGCUGCUUUCGCGUGGACAGAGUCUAUCGCGCGGUGGUGAAUUACAUCAGCCAGACGAUGGGCCAAGAGUUCAUCACACCUCCGAGCGUUGGCCUCGAGACAAUCUACAAGCAGAGCACGUCCAGCAUGCCGAUCAUUUUUGUGCUGAGCCCCGGAAGCGAUCCCACGAGUGAGCUGAUGAAACUCGCCGAGAGACACGGCUUCGGUGCUGGCAAAUUUCGCUACUUGUCUCUUGGCCAAGGCCAAGAACCGGUAGCCUUGGACCUGUUGGAGAACGCUGUCGCGCGAGGACAAUGGCUGAUGCUGCAAAAUUGUCACCUGCUGCUCAAAUUCACGAGCGAAUUGGAGAAAUCCUUGGAUAUUCUUGGCCGACCGCACGCCGAAUUUAGGCUGUGGCUCACGACUGAUCCCAAUCCCAAUUUUCCCAUUGGCAUAUUGCAGCAAUGUUUCAAGGUGGUAAUGGAACCACCGAAUGGACUGAAGCUCAAUCUCAAAAAUACCUAUUUCAAAAUGAACGAUCAGACUCUCGACAACUGCGAGCACAGGGCUUACAAGGACAUCGUCUACGUUUUGGCAUUCUAUCACGCAGUUCUACAGGAAAGGAGAAAGUACGAUAAAAUUGGCUGGAACAUCAAUUAUGAUUUCAACGAAUCCGAUUUUAACGUGUGCACUACGAUAUUGGCUACUUACCUGACGAAAAAUUUGAAACUGAAAGAGUCGCGCAUACCUUGGAACAGUCUCAAGUACUUGAUUGGCGAAGUAAUUUACGGAGGUCGCGUCAUCGACAACUAUGAUAGACGUGUCUCCAAAGUCUACGUGGACGAGUACUUUGGCGACUUUUUGUUUGACGCCUUUCAGCCUUUUCAUUUUCAUCGAGACGACCAGGUCGAUUAUUUCAUACCGCCGACUGGCGGUGCCGCCGACAGAUCCAUCUACCUUCAAUUCAUCGAAGAACUUCCGCUGGUCAAUUCACCCGAGGUUUUCGGUCUUCAUCCCAACGCCGAAAUCAGUUACUUUACGCAGGUUACCAAAGAAAUGUGGGGCCAUCUUAUCGAACUUCAGCCGCAAACAGGUGAAAACACAUUCAUCAUUGGCUUGACUGGCGGCGCUGGACUGCUCAGCCGAGACCAGUUUAUCGACAAUGUAGCUCGGGAAAUUUUGCAAAAGAUGCCACCGGAAUAUGAUAUGGUUAAGAUCAAGAGAAACUUUGGUUUGUCUGUAUCGCCGUCGACGAUAGUACUGUUCCAAGAGCUCGAAAGAUUCAAUAAAUUGAUUUCGAAAAUGACAAUGACAUUGCAGCAAUUGAGAAAAGCUAUAGCUGGAGAAAUCGGGAUGGAUUAUACACUGGAGAACGUAGGUAAUUCACUUUACAAUGGCACUCUUCCCAAGGAAUGGGCCAGACUUGCCCCUGAUACGCGCAAAAGACUUGCCAGCUGGAUGGAACAUUUUGAAAAAAGGAUUUCUCAAUACACAAGUUGGUCUGGGUGCAAUGAGCCGGUCGUCGUUUGGUUGUCGGGCUUGCACAAUCCAGAAACAUAUCUAGCUGCUCUUGUACAAAUGGCUUGCCGCAAAAAUAAUUGGCCCCUCGAUCGUUCAGUUAUAUAUACAGCCGUAUCCCCCUUUGGAAAGGCCGAGCAAGUCGAGGAACGACCUGAGGAGGGCUGCUACGUGCAAGGUCUAUUUUUGGAAGGGGCAAGGUGGGAUUUGCAGGAAAAUUGCUUGAAACGAUCCUACCCGAAAGUCUUGAUCGAAGAAUUGCCAAUUUUUAAAAUAAUACCUAUCGAAGCUCAUCGAUUAAAGUUACUGAACACGAUCAAAGUUCCUGUGUAUACAACUUGCAAUCGGCGAAACGCAAUGGGCGUUGGAUUAGUGUUUGAGGCCGAUCUCAUUACCAAAGAACAUCCGUCGCAUUGGAUUCUACAAGGUGUAUCAUUGACUCUGAAUACAGAUUAA